CGGGCAUGCUGGGAGUUGUAGUCUUGCAAUAGCUGGAGGCACCCUGGUUGGGAAACAUGGACUUAUUUGCUACAUGGUGUUGUGUAACUACAAGUCUCACUAUCCUUUCUUGUAGCACUACAAGACUCAGCAUGCCUUACUCUGCUAUUACAGACUUUUCACGUUCCUUAUUUGCGGAAUUUUUUUGUUUGACUACUAGUCUCAUCAUCCCCUCUUGUAGUACUGAAUGACCUAGCAUGCCCUACUCAGCUAUUACUGAUUUAUCACUUUCCUUAUUCCCUACUUGCUGUAAGCAGUUGUGUAACUACAUAUCUCACCAUCCGCUCUUGUAGUACUACAAGACCUAGCAUGCCCCACUUUAGCUUUGAUGUACCUAUUACUAUCCUUAUUUUCCUCAUGCUGUUGUGUAACUACAAGUCUCAUCAUCCCCUCUUUCACCACCCCAAAACCUAGCAUGCCCUACUCAUCUAUUACAGACCUAUCACUUUAGUUAUCCCCUACUUACUGUAAGCAGUUCUGUAACUACAAGUCUCACCAUCCCUUUAUAUGGUGAGACUUGUAGUUGUCAUCCUCCUCUCGUAGCACUACAAGACCCAGCAUGCCCUACUCAGCUAUAACUUUCCUUAUUUACUACUCGCUAUCGUCACCCUCUCUUGUAGCACUACAAGACCCAGCAUGCCCUACUCAGCUAUAACUUUCCUUAUUUACUACUCGCUAUCGUCACCCUCUCUUGUAGCACUACAAGACCCAGCAUGCCCUACUCAGCUAUAACUUUCCUUAUUUACUACUUGCAUUCGUCCUCCUCUCUUGUAGCACUACAGGACCCAGCAUGCCCUACUCAGCUAUAACUUUCCUUAUUUACUACUCAUUGUCAUCCUCCUCUUGUAGCACUACAAGACCCAGCAUGCCCUACUCAGCUAUAACUUUCCUUAUUUACUACUCUCUGUCGUCACCCUCUCUUGUAGCACUACAAGACCCAGCAUGCCCUAUUCAGCUAUAACUUGCCUUAUUUGCUACUCCCUGUCGUUCUCUCUUGUAGCACUACAGGACCCAGCAUGCCCUACUCAGCUAUAACUUUCCUUAUUUACUACUCAUUGUCGUCCUCCUCUUGUAGCACUACAAGACGCAGCAUGCCCUACUCAGCUAUAACUUGCCUUAUUUGCUACUCCCUUUCCUCCUCUCUUGUAGCACUACAAGACCCAGCAUGCCCUACUCAGCUAUAGCUUUCCUUAUUUGCUACUCGCUGUCGUCCUCCUCUCUUGUAGCACUACAAGACCCAGCAUGCCCUACUCAGCUAUAACUUGCCAUAGUUGCAAUUUACUGUCAUCCUCCUCUCUUGUAGCACUACAAGACCCAGCAUGCCCUACUCAGCUAUAACUUUCCUUAUUUGCUACUCGCUGUCGUCCUCCUCUCUUGUAGCACUACAAGACCCAGCAUGCCCUACUCAGCUAUAACUUGCCUUAUUCGCUACUCCCUUUCCUCCUCUCUUGUAGCACUACAAGACCCAGCAUGCCCUACUCAGCUAUAACUUGCCAUAGUUGCAAUUUACUGUCGUCCUCCUCUCUUGUAGCACUACAAGACCCAGCAUGCCCUACUCAGCUAUAACUUGCCAUAGUUGCAAUUUACUGUCGUCCUCCUCUCUUGUAGCACUACAAGACGCAGCAUGCCCUACUCAGCUAUAACUUUCCUUAUUCGCUACUCCCUUUCCUCCUCUCUUGUAGCACUACAAGACCCAGCAUGCCCUACUGAGCCAUACCCCCGCUAUAACUUCCCUCAUCUCUCGCUCGUCCCAUGCUCUGUCACUACAACCCCCAGCAUGUCCUGCAAACCUCGAUCCACAGACAUCCACAAGACAUAACACAUUUCCCGAUCGCUCGGUUAUUCUACAAGCAGUGGCCGUCCCGGUGGUGUGCCCGGUGGUGUGCCCGGUGGUGUGCCCAGCAGCAGCAGCAGCCUGCCCUCUCCCCGGGCUCCUUUCCCGCAUGAGUCAGCCCCCCAGCAGCUGAACUACAGCUGAGCGCUCUCCACCAGCCUCCAGGGGGCGUGCCAGCUAGCCUCCCCCGGCCACACCCCCGCUCCCUGCUAUGAUUUAGAAGUUCAGGAAUCCCACGUGACGUCACCGGGGGAUGAUGUAAUGCUGCUCUAAAUAGAACGUAUUGUAAUCUUCCCUCAGUCCAACGUGGUUCUUUUGUAGUGCAUGGCACUGUGUCUUUAAAUGUGUGUGUGUAUGUGUGAUGCAGGGGAAAGUCACUCCCCACUCCAGAAAGACGCCGAGUCCUUAAGCAGUCUGUGAGGAGUUCAGCUGCUGCUCCAAGUCUUUGCCCUGUACAUGCUGCAGCCAAAUAAAACUUCUAGCCCACUUACCUGCAUCAGCCCUGCGGAGCCGAGACCCCUCCAUCUCCUCCUAGUCUCUUUAUACAAUUCAAUCUAUACGAGACCUCUGCUGAUUUCUACACUGAUUGGAUAUAUGAAGAAUAAGAGAUGAAUUUGGAGCAGGACCGGUCCUUUGUAUGCAAUGCUCCUGGCUGCUCACAGCGAUUCCCCACUGAGGAUCACCUGAUGAUUCACAGGCACAAGCAUGAAAUGACCUUGAAGUUUCCUUCUAUAAAGAAUGAUAACUUGCUUUCAGAUCAGACACCAACUCCAACGCGUUUCUUGAAAAACUGUGAGGAAGUGGGGCUCUUCAAUGACAUUGACUUGGAGCAUGAAUUUAGAAGUGCACAAGAAGAGGAAAACAGUAAAAGGAAUAUCACACUACAUAACUCUGUUGGAGGCAUGGCAGGACCUGCAUCACACCAGCUAUCAAAUACAAGACUGCCAAACCAUGAUACCAGCGUUGUAAUACAACAGGCAAUGCCAUCUCCCCAGUCCAGCUCAGUCAUCACACAAGCACCUUCUACAAAUCGCCAGAUUGGGCCUGUCCCGGGCUCUCUUUCCUCACUACUGCAUCUCCACAACAGACAACGACAACCAAUGCCUGCCUCUAUGCCUGGCACGCUGCCCAACCCCACCAUGCCUGGAUCCUCUGCUGUGUUGAUGCCUAUGGAAAGACAGAUGUCAAUGAACUCCAAUAUCAUGGGGAUGCAGGGUCCCAACCUAAGCAACCCUUGUUCUUCACCUCAAGUCCCUCCAAUGCACUCAGAUGCCAAAAUGAGAUUAAAAGCAGCUUUAUCCCAUCACCCUGGAACUAUAUCUAAUGGAAAUAUGAAUUCAAUGGGACACAUGAUGGAAAUGAUGAGCUCCCGACAGGAACAGACUCAACAUCAUCAUAUGCACUCGCAUCCUCAUCAGCAUCAGAAUCUGUCGCAACAUCACCCAUACUCUCAUCAGCAGCACCAGCAGCCAGCACAUCACCCCCAUUCUCAAGCUCAUCACCAAGGACAUCCACAUCAUCACUCCCAUUCACAUCUGCACCCACAUCAAUCACACCACCAGACGUCACCGCAUCCACCCCUGCACAGUGGCGGACAAGCACAGCUCUCACCAGCAGCACAGCAAAUGCAGCCCACUCAGACAAUACAACCCCCUCAGCCCACGGGAGGCCGACGCAGAAGGGUGGUGGAUGAGGAUCCAGACGAGAGGCGGCGAAAGUUUCUGGAAAGGAACCGAGCAGCUGCCACUCGGUGCAGACAGAAAAGGAAGGUCUGGGUGAUGUCACUGGAAAAGAAAGCAGAGGAACUCACCCAGACAAACAUGCAGCUUCAGAAUGAGGUGUCCAUGUUGAAAAAUGAGGUAGCACAACUCAAACAGCUAUUGCUAACACAUAAAGACUGUCCAAUAACUGCCAUGCAGAAAGAAUCACAAGGAUACUUGAGUCCUGAAAAUAGUCCACCCGAGAGCCCAGUUCCUGCCUGUUCCCAGCAGCAAGUGAUCCAGCAUAACACCAUAACAACUUCUUCGUCAGUCAGUGAUAUGGUUGGAAGCUCCUCUCUAAACCCUCUCGCCAACCACAGAACAGACAUAAAUCCCAUUCUCUGAAACAAUGGGUUAAAGAACUGCCUUCAGGAGUUUGGUAUUAAAUCAGUUCUUCCAUUUUUAUUAACUUUUUUCAACUUUAUUUGAAACCUGGAAGUCUCUUCAGUCAUUGAAAGACCAUACCUACCCUUUUUUUUAUAGUAUUCAUUGUUUUGUCUUUUUUGUCUAAGAAAAGGGAUUUAUAACAUUAUUAUCAUGCAGUUUUGGGAAAAGUGUGAUGCUUUCUCAGUGUUCUGGUACAGCGUUUAUGAACUGUUGCAUUUAUGUACAGAGUUAAUUUUUUUUUUUUACUAUUCAUCUACAUAGUGGCCUGAACCCUUUAUUCUUUAAGAAUCUAUGACUAUAAAAAAAAGGUUAACAGCCAUUUCUACUCAAAGAUCAAAUUCAAGGGGUUGCAACGAGGUAAUAAAGCGUACAAUUACAUUUAUUAGGGUACAAGGAGCCAUUUUCUGGGACAGAUUCUAAAUUGGAGAGAAUAUAUCCAAUGCAUUAGGAAGCAAUUCCUUAUGUUUCUGUGUACAGAUUAAGUAUUUAUUCACACCACAAAAUGGCCUCUUCCACUUUUUGCAGGUAACGGUUCUCCUUUACAUGUAGCAUUGUAAAAGCAACUACAGCGUGAUCUGUUAAAUUCCAAUUACCUAUUCUUUACAUUUCAGAACAAUUAUAUGUAAAAAAAAAAAAAGGGGGGCCUCAUGUAUCCAAACAGAAAGCAAGAAAUGUGUCCUGGUUGCCCAUAGCAACCAAGGUCUGGGUUUCUUUGGCAAUUUAGAACAUGAAAACUGAAUGUGACUGGUUGCUAUGAGCAGUUUGGCCUUUUUUCUACUGAGUUUUUAUACAUGAGACCCAUGAGUCCCAAACUGCUGUAAUACAGUAGCCUAUGACAUGAAAUUUCUAAAAGUAUGUAGCAGACAAAAAAAAAAUUUUUUUGAAAAGCAACAACAUCUCUCCCUACGUCAAUAAUGAUAAAGCUGUCCCAUAAGAUAUUGUAAAGAAUAAUGCAGCUCUUUGUGUAUUUUAUUACAGAUAUGAGAAGCCAUCUUGAAUGUUCAGGCUUGUAUGAAUUAUUAGCCUAGCAGUCUACUGUAUUUCUUUUUUACACAAUUUGUAUGUGAGUCUAGUACUUACAAUACAAAAGGGAUCUUCAUGAAAGCAGUAGGGUUGCCUUUAGCACCCAUCCAACAUUUUUUGUGUAUUGUUAAACAGUCGAUGUUUUGUUUUGUUUUAUAAAUUUUUUUUAAAGCAAUUUACCAAAAAAUACAUCUGAUUGGUUCUAAUGUGCAAAAAACAUAAAGAAGAUGUUUAGUGCUAAGCAAUUUAUCCCCUAUCCAACCAUUGGGACCCCCCGCGAUCUUCCGUAUGGGAAUCCUACUCAGCCACGGCUGAGCUGCUGUGUGUGACGUUUUGCACAUAGCAGGUCAGCUGGUAGAAACACUCCCCCUCCAUUCAUCUCUAGCGUUCCUGUGUCUACUCCUCUCCCAUAGAGAUGAAUGGAGGAGGGGUGUUUGUACCAGCUGACCUGCUGGGUACGAAACGCGCUGUAGCAGCGCAGAGUCGGGGCCAAGCCGGGGCCGUAUGGGAGAUUUCUGAGGUCCCAGCGGUUGCACCCCCCACAAUCAGACAUUUAUCCACUAUCUGCAGGAUAGUGGAUACAUUGAUUAGCACUGGACACCUUCUUUAAGGACAGAUUUACUUAUCUUGUCUAAUAUUUAGACAGUUUAUACAUAUACCAGUCAGCUUGAAGAGCUGUAUUCAUCACAGUAGCUAAUGCUGUACUGUAAUUUGUAGCAUAUUUAGACACUGUGGGAGAUAAUCAAAAACUGUGUAUUUCGUAGACAUUGUAAACUUAGACUAGGCGGUUUAAGAUUGAACCGGAUCUUUGUCAGCCGUGUAGGCUGUUUGAAAAUCUGGUGCAUCUUUAGACUGUCUAAUUUAAAUUUACACCAUGUAUUAAUUGACUUCGUUUUAUGCCAAAAAAUUAAGCCAAAAAGUGGUAUAAGCCAUGGUUCCCUUUUCCCCAAACCCACACCAAAUUUCCAGUAAGCCUCGACACUUUUUGUGAGGUGCAAAAAUUUAUGAAAAGUAUCUAAAAUACAUGGAAAGGUUAGUGCAAGUAACAAAAGCCAUUUUUGGCCCACAAAUUGCACCAGGUUUUUGGUUCAGGCAGUUUUGAUUAUCUCGCCCGCCGUUGUCUUGGUUGGUUUACAUAACACUAUUAUUUUGUGGCAAAUGUUUGGGGAAAUUUUGGGGUAUGGUGUCACAUUUGAAAGCAUACCACCUUCCCACUUAGCUGCUCCUCAUUUGCCCCCUUUGCGAAAAGUGUUUAAACACAUUAUAAAUGUGGUGCAAGGCAUGUGGACCUUUCUUUUUGCUACAAAUCAUGACAGAAUUCUGGCACAUUUGAAUCAAUCAUAGUCUUCUUGUUUAUAGAUAACACCUAUAGAGUCCACCUUGGCUUAAUAUUCAGAAUAUAUGCUGCAUUAGAGUUAAUGCACUUGAGUACAUUAAGGAUCUGCACAAUAUCCAAGUUGCACAGAUCUGUAAUAUAGACAUUUUUUGGGGCCCUACUGUACCUCUGUAUACCUUUGAUUUCCUAUGGAGUCAUGUAGAGCACUGAAGAAUAUAUUACUGACCUAUUCUUCACUGCCGUACAGAUCCCCAUAGGCUCUGUGUGCCUCCAUAAAGCCUCCAUGCCUGUAAGCAAAUACACUUUCUGCAUUGCAUAAUGAGAACUAUAGUGAAAAAGGUGCAGUCUACAAUACUCUCUCAUUUGCCACCAGAAUUAAAAUUUUAUGCACUUUCCCUCAUUUUUUACCUCACAUUUACCCUAUAGCUACAAUAGCUCUGCCCAGUACCAUAAGUCUGAAACUACUUGCCACAUAAAUCAUGUCUAGAAAAAGUCCACUUUUUAUAUUUCUUUCCAAAACUCAAUAUGGUGUGGAACUGUUAUACACUCGACACAACCCCGGUCCAGGUCUAGCAUGCACUGUACUUUCUUUAAUUUAAUCCAGUCAACCAAAACAAUGUACAGGCCUUUUUAUACAUUAUAUAUAAAUAAAUAUAUAUGCCUAUAUAUUUUUAAGCGAGCAUUUACUUUUAAAUUGUUUAGUCCAAUGCUUUCUUUUUUAUUGCUUUUUCUACAUUUUAUGGGAAAUCAGAUAGCCUUUUAUAAAAAUGGAACAUAUAUAUUGGUACACCAUGUGUAAAAAAAAAUCUUAUACCUUUAAAAUGCCCCAGGGUGCUAAUUUAGUUAGAUUUUUUUUUUUUUUUUUAUGGAAAGAACAUAAGUGAGAUUAUAUGAACAUAAGCACUAAUGGUAACACAAGAAUCACAUUUUAUGUUACCUUUGAUUAGAAUCAAGCUUUAUGGAUUGGUUCUGUUUCCUCAGUUAAAUACAGUUGUAUUUUUUUCUAUUUUUUUUGUAAUCAAAUGAAAAAAAUAAGGUUUAGCUGUUCAAUAUGUGUCUGCGUUUUCUCAAUUUUGUAGCCCGACAGUUUGACAUAUGUAUACCUUGUGGCUCAGGCAUGUCUGUAUUUUAUGCUAAACCAACAAGCUGACUCGUGUCAGUCUGUACCGCUAUAAAGUUUGCCAUUGCAUAGCAUUCACUAUUGACAGUGCGUUGGAGACUGUUAACCUUUACAGGCAGUCACAGGCAGUGAUAUGAGUGUUAUCAAACCCAAAGGACAUAGCAAUUCUAUAUAACCUCCUACUUGCCGCCAUAUGGACCAAGCACCUUUAAUGCAGUUCAUGUGAUUUGCACAAUAUGUAUAUCAUUUCUUACAUCCUUCCUGAUCUUCAGAUCAAAAGCCCAUCUCGCCUCAGAAAGUCAAGUAUGUGUCUGCUUUAUAAAGAACUGUACUACAGAAGUAGCAGAGCUUAGUAUGUCAUUUGGCACUGCUCAUAUUAUGAUGAUUUAUCUGGAAUUUUACAUGGGUCUGUAGGUUAAUCUACUGUGUUUUUCUAUCAUGAUGCACUAAGAAAGCGGACCCAAAGAGUUAAAAGACAUAUUUAGCACUGCUACAUCUGCAAUUGCAAGCCGUGUUUUGCUGGUAUCUAAAGGAUAGGGGAUAAGAUGUCUGAUCACGAGGGUCUGGCCACUGGGACCCCCACAAUCUCCGGGCUGGCACCAUGGUGUUCUGAACACAGAAACAUGCAGUACGUAGCCGUCACUCCUCCUCAUAGACAUGAAUGGAGGGGGCAUAACAGCUGUAGUCACCCAUCAUAGAGCAGAGUUCGGAUGACUGGGUUGCCAUGUUGGAGAUCGUGGGGGGUCUCAGUGGCCAGACCCCACAAUCAGACAUCUUAUCUCCUAUAUUUUGCAUAGGGGAUAAGAUGUUUAGGGGUGGGGUUUUUUUCUGGCGUAUUUUGUAAACUGCCACUGCAGUUUUUGAUCCAAAACCAGAAGUGUAUUCAAAAGGAAUGGGAAAUAUAAAGGAAGGACUUCUACUUUAUACUAGAUCCACUUCUGACUUUGGCUCAAAAACUGCAGUGGCAGUUUUCCAAAAAGUGCCAGAAAAAAACCUGUGUGGAAACUUAGCCUAAACCUUCCUGUGGUCCAGCAUUCUAUGCAAUGUAAAUGUACAGGAUUUUAUGCACAUGCACAGGGCACAUCUAAAGAUAUGGUGAGCUUGAACCUUACACGACUUCUAGAUCACCCCUGUGUUUUAAACCCUCAGCACCUAAGCUCAGGUCCUCAUCGACCAUUUUUUCACCCUGUGAUGCCAGUUUGAGAAAACCAUACUACAUGCAUGCAUUUGUUUGCAUCUGCUGAACUGUUAUGCCCAAGACUUGCCGAUUUUCAGCUGCCUACUGACUCUGGGUUUGGAAACUAUCCUUACUUUUGUAAACAUCUAUAUAUGAGAAUUUUACUUAGAUUGCUGUUUUAUAUUUUUUUCUGAACUUUAGGAUUAAUAAAGCAACAGCAACAAUAUGGGUCAUGUAUGCUUGUGUAUAAAAAAAACUGGGUAUUCCAGGACAUAUCUGGAGAACAAACAGAAGAGUGCGAUAAGAAAAUGGUGAAUCAUUAUGCACUUUGGGAAAAAUGUUAUUCUAUACCUAUAACAAUGUCAUUGUGUGCUUUUUGGUCAUGUUGUCAAUGAGAGAUGCAAAAAGACCCUGGUGCAGUCGAAUUCCACUAUUAUUAGGGCAUGAGAUGGAGCCUGGACCAACCAAUACUCACAGUAAAGAGUCACCUAUUAUGAUGUUUUUGGUGAUAACCUAGUGCAAACCACAAAUCUAGACUUUGCCUUUAUUGUAAGUCCUGGCUCUUAAAACCUGCACUAUAUUUAAUACAAUAUUGAGCUAUAUGCAAUGUCUAUGGAAAAGACUCCCAUAUAAAAAUCUGCAAUUGUUUUGCACCAGGUUUUCACUAAAGAAUAUAUCAUACAAUUGCAUAACCAUCAGGAGACGCAUUUUAUAUAGGAAAAAAAAGCCAUUUUGUAUGUUUGCCGCCUGUUAUCUGUAUUGUCUGAAUUGUUCCUAUUAUGUUAGGGGUACUGGCACAAUAUAUGAGUGAUGAUGGCUCAAUAAAUGAUACCUACACAUACUUCAUAUAGACUGUUUAAUGAUUGUUUAAUUAAAGGUUUUUAGUGUAAGCCAUGUGGUAAGGGCCACAAUAUUGUCAUAUGUCCUUUAGGAUAUGCAGAAUUGUUUUAACAUUUAGCAUUAUCCAUGACAACCGUGGUUGAUUUUAUUUUGUAUUGUACAUUUGGUUUGGAUCUGAGCUCCCUUUAGUUAUCAAUGUAUUAAUCAGAACAGGUCACAUAGUGAUGUAGGGCCGUUAACAGUUAAAGGGGUGUUCCGGACAAAUACACCUUAUCCCCUAUCUAAAAGAUAGGGAAUAAGAUGUUUGAUCGCGGGGGGCCCGCCGCUGGGACCCCCUGCGAUCUCCGUGCAGCACCCGCAUUCUAUGCGGGGCUGUGUCUCCAGUCUCGGAAACCUCUUUGUUUCCGGGACUGGAGACAUGACGUCCUGCCAUGUCUAUGGGAGGGGUGUGAUGGCCGUCAUGCCCCCUCCCAUAGACAUGAAUGGAGGGGGCAUGGCAUGACGUCACAUCUCCAGUCCUGGAAACAAAGAGGUUUCCCGCAAUCAGACAUCUUAUCCCCUAUCCUUUGGAUAGGGGAUAAGAUGUAUUUGGCAGAAUACCCCCUUAACUACCACCUAACUUAGCCUAUGGCACCGAUUCCAUGCAAGCUACAUAUCACUGCCCAAGACUGUUAGUUCAUCAAUGUCUUUGUGUGAAGACACAACCAUAACAAGACAUAACCAGUUUGGCAAUGCAAGAAUGUAAAUUAUGUUAGGGCCUAGUUGUUGAUAAAGUUGGAUAUUAUAGAUCAUGUCACAGAACCAAGUCAUGUUGUCAUAGAAAAUGAUUGUGAUAAAUAGCUGUAGGCAACUUUUUCUCAAGUUCCCUCAAAUGUCUGCCAGAAACUGCACUGGGGAAUCACUGGGGAUAUAUUUAUAAAUUAUAUACUGCAAAAGGUGGCCAUAAAGACUAGUCAGGUGACAGCACUUAUUUUACCUGCACUUUUGAUAGUGGCUGGGAUCUGAGCUCUUGUGCAAUGCCACCACUAUAGGGCCCCUUGUUGUCUUGUAAUUCAGGGGUCUUGUAGGUGUCACAUUGACAAUGCCACAUACAUUUUUAUUUGUAUAUGUGUUACAGAACAAAGAAAAAAAAAUAGGUUUAUGGAUUAACUGCGAUAAAAAUUAACCAAAGAAGCAAACUUAUUGGGUGUUUUGUGUUAUGGAGUGUGUGAGGACCUGGAGUAAAGGGCUCAUGUCUGAAUUAUGUGAAAUACAGAAUGGUAUGCCCCACACCUCCCCCUGUUAUGGGUAAAUGGAAUAGAAACAAACUGUAUCUUAUCUUUUCACAUUCAGGUCUUACUAUAUCUCAGUCUCUUAGGUCCUGUUCACACUACUGGGAUUCCACAUGGAAUUUCCAUAAGAAAGUUCCACGUGGAUUCCACUUGCAGCAACCUGCCUGAUUUCAAUGGGCGUUCCUCGGCUCUGUUCACAUGUCAGAGGUUCUGUAGUAGAAUUCCUACAAGGAAAUUGAUUCCGGAAAAAUAUUGAAGGUGUUCACCAGAAUCCACCAGAGAAGUUGCAUUUGUCAAUGGGAAGGCCUUUAUGUCCAUGGCAGAUUGCGGCUGACAUAAGCGCCAAUUCUGGACUAUUCUGGGCCAUCUCUGGAUUACCUCAGUGUUGCAUACACUUAGUGGACUAGAGUAGAUUCUCUGCCCUGCCCCAUCAGAGCCGAGAUCAGCUAAGAUUAUUAACAGGCCUGUCUGUAUGUUGUUUAUGUAGUCUGGUGAUUGCCUAACCUAACCAAUCAAAUAGAAAAUACCAGAGUUGUUGCAGCUUUUGUAAACUUUUAUGGGACAAAGAGCACUACAUGUAGCAUAUUUUUUUCCAUCACGGUGGCAAAUACCUUGACUGAAACUAAUGGACUAACUUGUAAGUCAGUAGGGUUAUUCGGGCAUCUGCACUAUGUUGUGUUUCCAUUUAUAAUAUAAAACCAUUUACAAUGUAAGCAGAGCUGUAGGCUAUGGCCACAGAGUGGAUCUCAGGCCUAUUUUGUUGUAAAAAAAAUGUGUCCAUAAUAUAGCAAAAAUUUGGCAUCUGAGUUAUUAAAGGGGUUUUCCAGUAAUAGAAAAACAGUGCUAAUUUCUUCCAAGAACAGCAACACAUCUGUCCACAGGUUGUGUGUGGUAUUACAAUGUGGCUUCAUUCACUUCAAUGGAACUAAGCUGCAAAUCCACACCCAUCCACACAAGAAAUCAGCUCUGUUUUUCUAAUGUUAGAUAAACCCUUUAACAUUAAUGUGUUCUAUCUAAGUCUAUGGGAAAGUGGUUGUCUGUGCACACAAGAUGUAACAAAAAAACUGUCAUUUUAUUACAUAUCCCUUUUAAUGGUGCAAUAGUCUGUCUACACCAGGGGUCUCAAACUGGUGGCCCUCCCAGCAUGCCUGGACAUCUGGAGGGCCACCAGUUUCAGACCCCUUGUCUACACAGAGUCAGUUUGGACAUUAAACAUGUGUAUCCCCUAUGGGUCCUCAGGUUAUUGAUGCCUAUUUGGCUCAGUAUAACUAUGUAAAUUACCUGAUAAUCUUUAGUGCAUA